AAAAAAAAAAAAAAAAAAAAAAAGAAGAAAUAGCCUUCUUCAAAUGUUAUGGUUAUAGAAGCAAUAUUCUAGGUUGCACUAAUGAGCACAGAGCUUUUUCUUAUUAGUCUCUUGUACUUUCUCUUUUAUCCUCUUCUUCUACUGUUCUUUUCGUAUUAUCGUUCUGAAAUAGAACCUUUUCUCCUGCAGUAGUGUAAAUAAGUUUUUUUCCCCCAAGGAGCAACAUACUAUGUCGUUUUCCAGAUCACCACCACAAUCACCACCGUCAUCGCAUGACGAUUGGCUAUACAGGAAUCCACUAUCCAAAACCUUUUCAACGAGUUCGUCUCGCUCUAUGUCACAUAACUCAAGAGCUCAGUCGUUAGCUUCUGCUCCUGGAAAAACGUUCAGUACAACUGUUAACUUUGAAGCAACAGCUCGUAUCUACCACGCUGAAUUAAAGACAUAUCUGAAAAAUCUGUUGGCCCAAGAGGCUAUUGAAGGGCCCAAUUCACAAAGAGUGAAUGCACGCCAAAAAUUGGUUCGUUUAAGCAAUCUUCAAUUUCAUGAAUUGGCUAUGGAUGUAUACGAUGAAGUUGUACGAAGAAAUAAGAAUGACAAAUACCUUCCUUUUCUGCCUGUGAAAGAAGAUCUUCAUCCGAAACGAAACCAAGCACGGCAAAAGCUCGCGACAUUACCCGUAGCUCGUUUUCAAGAUCUUGCAAGUGAUGUUUACGCUGAAAUAUCAAGACGCUAUCCAAGGCUAAGUAAAAAUGAAGAUGAAUAUUAUAGUCCACCUUUACCGCAAUCACCUAUUUCACCCAUGUAUGGAAAGAUAUAUGCGGAUCAAACUGCUCAACCUCAACCAAGCAAAUCAACCAACAUUGUCCCUGUCAAAAGCACCAUGAAUGUCGAAACAAUAGAAAGAUUUUCUGACGAUGACGACGACCAAAACAGCAAUGUGACGCAUCGUCGUCAAAGAUCGCCAUCCACAUCACCAAUAAAGGAAGGAGCGAAAGAUUACCUUCCUAGGUCAAGUGACGCUAGGUUACCUAAAAAUAAUCAAAAGGAGGCUCAAAAGUUGUCUGCAGAAUACCAUCAUCAAAUCGAUGCUUUAACAGACAAGAUAGCGCAUUUGCAAAAUGAACUGUCUUAUUUUAAAGGGGAAAAUGGCAAUGACGAUGCAGAUAGAAACGUGAUAGAUAAGCUGAGAACGCAAGAACAGGAAAAUCAACGAACCAUUCAUGAACUGGAAGAGCGAUAUAAGAAACUAUCAGCUAAAUACGAGCGAUUGCAGCAGCAGUAUGACCAACAACAGGAUGCUGUACGUGACGUAAAAGCAGAAACAAAACACAUGCUGAACGAGCUGAAGCAUCUCGCUGAAGCAAACGAUGAUUUGCUUUUGGAGAAAGAAAAAGCCGAAAACCAAAUACAGCAAUUGCACGAUGAAAUAAAGGAUCUGCAGCUAAAAUACGAAAAGGCACGGAUUGAGCUACGUAAUGUGAAAGCAUCCUCCAUCAUCGAGCUGAAUAGUAGUAGUGACUUUAUGAAACGAAAUAUUUUACAACCCACCAGAAAUGGCAUCAUUCCUCAAGACCAUCUACUUACGUAUCAAGCAUACAUAGAUGAGCUCUUAACAACUGCUAGGUCAAACGAUCCUUCCCAAGUGAUUCACGUCAUGAAAAACAUAGUCACUGUCUGUAAACAUAUCACGGAAGAGAUCGAGGCUCAAGAAGGAUCCGUCUCUUUAGAUACCAAAAAUUCAUUAUACGAAAUCAAGGCUCAAUUCACAACCUCCCUCUCGGACCUUCUGAUGACAACAAAAUAUCAUGCCAAUGGAAUGGGAAUCAGCCCAGUCUGCUUGUUAGAUAGAUCGGCCAGUCAUCUCACUUCGAACAUUGUAGAGCUCGUGAAGCUUCUUGGGAUGAGUUCUAAACCUGCGUCGAAUUUAUCAACAAGCCCUCCUACGGAUACAGACAAAAUACCAGAAAAAUUAGGCACUUUGUCUUUCUCAUCAUCAACGACAGCCAUAGAGCCCUCUUCCUAUAGAAGCAACAAUGCAUCUCGACGUAUAGGAGGAAAAGAGAAGAGCCAUCAUGGUUCCUAUGAUGACGCAUCCUUCAUCAAGACGCGUCAUGAUAAAGCAUCCUUUCUUAAAACGAGUGAUUCGGCUUUGAGCUUGGAUUUAUCAACAACUCCUGAAGACAGCACAGCCGAUCGUUUUUUAGACUAUAAACAACGGCCAAGUUUCAAAAAAUAUACCUCCAAUAGGCAUGCCAAUGAGGAGAUGACGCCUGAAAAGCUAGUAGCCUAUCUCACAUCGGAAACAGAUAGUAUAGUACAAACAAUCCAGAACCUAUUGAGUGCUUUGAAGCUGCCUCAACAGAAUGGAGAGGUGUACGCUAUCAUUCACAGUAUGAUAAAGAUUGUUUCAAAGAUAAUCGACACUUCAGAAGCUGCAUGUGCUACCUCCAUGGGCCUCUAUUACAAGCGGGACUGCGAACAAAUUUUGCGACAAUUGACAAAGUGUGCUAAACGUAUCAGCGUGAUUCAGAGCGAACAGUUUGUGAGAGGCGCUACACCCACUGCGAAUGCAAAGCGAGAUCUUGCCAAAGAAACUUAUGAAAUAGCCAAAUUUACUAAAGAACUGAUAAGCUUAUUUGAAUCAAAGUAAAUCCAAAAUAAAAGACAGAAAAAGAU